AUGGAUCAGGUAUCACAUGCUUUGAAUAAUUAUAUGCAGAGGUUACAUGACCUUCUGGGAACCGAAUACUUGGGUGCUGUACAUGUUCCCUCGUUCUUGCUAGGGUGCUUUAUAACAAUAAGCCUCGCGUUAAUGGAACCUCUACUGAGAGCAUUAGUCGGAGGACUUAUUGUUACUGCCGUUCAGCUUAUCAAGUACUCGGUUAUGGUGUGCGGGAUAGUGCUAUGUGGGGUGAUUGUCUUAUCAAAAGAUAAAAAGCGAUCUGCUAUGGAAGGAUCAACAGCUGUUAAGUUGGAAGAUACACAAAUCCCCACUCCGCGAGAUCAAUUCAUAGAGGACGCAUCAAACGAUUUCGACAUCGUGGGUUACAAUAGCAUGACAUCCAGUAAGCAUAGAAAACAUACAGAACCCAUUACCCCCGCCCGUACAGAAGAAAAUGCAUACGAGAACUUCAUACAGAUGGCAGGUUGUAACUAA